AUGGCGGGCUUUGCCGAACCCAAGCGAGAUGGUACCCCUGCGGUCGACGAUGGAGUCCUGGAGAAGAGCCUCAGUCGCCAGGCUGAGAUCUUCGAGGACAAGGAGCUCAUGACAGAUGCGCAGGCAGCUGAAAGCCGCGAACAUGAUAUGGGAAUGUGGGAGGCCAUGAGGGACCACCCCAUGGCUUGCUUUUGGGCUUUCAUCUUCUGCUUUACUAUCGUCAUGGAGUCUUUCGACAUGUUUUUGAACGGUAACUUUGUUGCUCUUGCGGCGUUCAAAGAACGAUAUGGCGUGCAAGUCGCUGGCGAAGUCGGCAAGACCAUUCCCACCAAAUGGCAGAGUUCACUCUUCCAAGCCGGCCAAUGCGGUGCUUUCAUUGGAGUCUUUCUCGCUGGCCCAAUCACCAACCGUCUUGGUUACCGCUGGACUACUUUACUGGCACUCAUGCUGAUGAAUGCGACAAUCUUCAUCUCUUUCUUCGCGGAUUCGCUCGCGGUUCUCGUCAUUGGGCAAGCUUUCGAAGGUAUCCCAUGGGGCAUGUUCAUCGCCAACUCGCCGGCCUACGCCAGUGAGGUCGUCCCUCUGGUUCUUCGUGGUGCCUGCACGGCUACACUUCAGAUGUCUUGGUCUAUUGGAAGCAUCAUUGUCGCUGCUGCGACCUACAGCUACAACAAGCGGAACGACGAGUGGGCGUGGAGAGGUCCUCUGGCCCUACAGUGGGUGUUUCCCACCCCUCUUAUGGUUCUCAUCUUCUUUGCACCCGAGUCGCCAUGGUGGCUAGUGCGCAGAGGGCGCAAGGAACAGGCGCUGAAGUCCAUCAAGCGCCUUGGUCGUAGAAACGGAACUCAAGCGGCCGCCGAAGACACGCUUGCUAUGAUGGAACGCACAGUACAGAUCGAAGCACACAAGGGCGGCGAGCCUUCCCUGCUCGACCUCGUGAAGGGAGUCGACCUUCGCCGAACACUCAUUACCUGCUUGAUCUACGCGUCUCAGAACUUCGCCGGCAACCUGAUUGCCAACCAAGCAACAUUCUUCUUCGAGCAGGCUGGAAUGUCAUCUGACUUCUCAUUCAAGCUUAACUUGAUCAACUCGUGCCUGCAGCUGGUAGCCAACAUCUGCGCGUGGCCUCUCAGCAACUUUUUCGGCCGCCGCACAAUUUAUCUCGGGGGCACCGCCAUCAACAUCUGCCUGCUCUUCGUUCUCGGGAUCUGCGCUUCUAUCCCCCAGAGCAGCGCGACCAACUACGCCCAAGCUUGUUUGGGCAUCGUCAUCUCGUUCGUCUUCGCAGGAGCCAUGGGUCCGAUCUCAUACUCCAUCAUCGCGGAAACAUCAUCCGUCCGUCUCCGCGCGCUAAGCACUGGUGUUGGCCGAGCCGCAUACUAUGUCGCCGAGAUUCCCAUGAUCUACUUAGCCUCGCAGAUGCUCAAUCCCACGGGCUGGAACAUGGCUGGGAAGUGUGGAUACGUGUGGGGCGGUACAGCUUGCGUCUGCUUCAUCAGCGCAUACUUCGGCCUCCCUGAGCUCAAGGGCCGCUCAUACCGUGAGCUUGACAUUCUGUUCAACCGGAAGAUCUCUGCGCGCAAGUUCAAGUCUACCGUCAUCGACGUCAGGGACAACGAGUAG